AUGUUGCACUUUAAAGUCUACCUUCAAACCGCACUGGUGGCUGUGGGAACUGCCGCCGCGCACGUGGAGGCUGCUUCUCAGCCCAGCGUGACGGACCGGCUCGUCGUGCGCGAGCACUGGCUGGUGACAGUGGAGAUCAAGCCCGAUCGGAUCGAUGAUUUCUUGAAAGUCAUGGAAGGAGAUGCCAAGGGCUCGCGCGAUAAGGCGCAGGACCCUGGGUGCCUCCGCUUCGACUUGCUCAGAGAUCGAGAAAAUCCCAACAAGUUUGUUUUCUAUGAGGCCUACACGAACGAUGAGGCCAUCACCACCCACAAGACCACGGCCCACUACAAAGCCUGGGCAGAUUUCAAAGCCACUGGCGCAGUGGAAUCCCAGACCGUAGUGAAGGCAGAGACAACUUCGCUGCCUCCUUGGGCCUUUCAGACUGUUCCCACAGGGACCAAAACCAGUGCAGCGGUGCUGGUGACCGUGGACAUCAAGGCGGAAAAGCUCGACGACUUCCUGAAAGUCAUGGAGGGGGAUGCUGUAAACGCCAGAGAUAAGUCUGUAGAGCCGAAUUGCCUUCGCUUCGACCUCCUCAAGGACAAGGAGGUUCCGAACCGGUUCCAUUUCUACGAGGUCUACGUGGACGAUGCCGCAAUCGACCACCAUAGGACCACAGCCCAUUACAAGGGCUGGGCGGACUUCAAGGCGGCUGGCGGUGUAGAAAAGCAGGCGGUUUUGAAGUUGGAGACAGCAUCGAUUCCCGGUGAGUGGGCUCUGCAGCCAUAA